UACUUGCCUGGGCUCUGUUCAGCUGGCCUCUAUAACUCCACAUUUCCACAGCCCGAGAGCAAUACCGGUUUCCCCGAGCACAGUUCGCCAAUCGCCUCUCCUGCUAGCCCUAACAGGGGCCGCUUUGCAAAUCAACUGAGCAUCCUUUCCGUCCUCCAAAACAGACAGACUCAGCCCGCUUCACAGGACGUAUUGAAAGCUUUAGGAUGGCAUAAAUCGACGGAAUAUAAGUCCUCUCCGCUACUUCCAGAUUCUGCCAGUCCCCUGAAUACCGACUGUCAGAUUGAGAUGAUAGAGAAUCAAGGGGCCUCUGAAAUUCAAACUCGAGGAAGAGAGGUUGAAGAAAGUGAAAGUCUCUCGGUAAUAGUAAAAGAUGACGACUCAAGGGGGUCUGCAGAUGCUGAAGUAUCUGAAUUAAGGCCAACCUCAUAUCCGUCCAAAUUGCGCCGGUCAAGAACACAACAGCUUGUGGUUCCGAAGGGAGAAAACACUGUUUCGAGUUGCAAUGAGAGCUUGAAUCUGGGCAUUUUAGUUAAAGGGGAAGAUGAUACAUCUGGAAGGAUCAGUAUCUGCUCAAAAAAUAGCAACAGGUCAAUCGAAACGAAGAGAUUUAGCCAUCCAAGUUUCUAUGAGGACAGAAUGCGUUGCUAUGACACCUCACCCAAGUCUGAAACAAUAAUACGUUCAGCUCGGCGUAGUCGCUCUGCCACGCCAGAUGGGCGGCUGUCUUUUGAACGAUCCAACUUGAACUGCCAAAAGUAUCUGGCCUCGCGCGACACGGUGAAUGACAAUUGGCAUUCCUCAGGCCUUGGCGCACAAAUGAAGAGUAGCAUAGGUGGGCCGGCUUCGUAA